AUGGACGCUGAGGAACAAUACGAGUGGAUUACCAAGAACUUGCAAGAGGUGUUGAACCCACAGAUCAUCAAGGAUGUGCUGAAGGAAGGCAGACCAUUGAAGUUGUACUGGGGUACAGCUCCAACUGGUAGACCACACUGUGGUUACUUUGUUGCCAUGACCAAGUUAGCACAUUUCUUGAAAGCUGGUGUCGAGGUUACAGUUCUUUUGGCAGACUUGCACGCCUUCUUGGACAAUAUGAAGGCUCCAUUGGAAGUUGUCAACUACAGAACCAAGUACUACGAGUACACUGUCAAGGCUAUUUUGAAGAGUAUUAAUGUUCCAAUUGAGAAAUUGAAGUUUGUUGUCGGGUCAUCGUACCAAUUGGGUGGUGACUAUACUUUGGAUCUUUUCAAGUUGUCCAACAUGGUUUCUCAAAAUGAUGCCAAGAGGGCCGGUGCCGAUGUGGUUAAGCAAGUUGCCAACCCAUUGCUAAGUGGUUUGAUUUAUCCAUUGAUGCAGGCUUUGGAUGAGCAAUUCCUGGAUGUCGAUGUGCAAUUCGGUGGUGUUGACCAACGUAAGAUUUUCGUUCUAGCAGAAGAGAACUUGCCAAGAAUAGGUUACAAGAAGAGAGCACACUUGAUGAACCCAAUGGUUCCAGGUCUAACACAAGGUGGUAAGAUGUCUGCAUCUGAUCCAAACUCCAAGAUUGACUUGCUGGAAGAACCAAAGAAGGUCGGUAAGAAGAUCAACAGUGCUUACUGUAGUCCAGGUGAUAUAGAAAACAACGGUUUGCUGUCAUUUGUUGAAUAUGUUAUCGAACCUAUUCAAGAACUAAAGAAAGGUACCGGCAAGUUCGAGUUCUUCAUCAACAGACCUGAGAAGUUCGGUGGUCCAGUGACCUACACUUCCUUCAAAGACCUACAAACUGCAUUUAAGGAACAACAACUAAUGCCAGUUGACUUGAAGAUUGGUGUCACCGAUGCCAUCAACGAGCUUCUAGCACCAAUUAGAGAGGAAUUCGCCAACAGCAAGGAAUACCAAGAGGCUGAAGCUAAGGGUUACCCACAAGUUGUACCUGAAAAGACCAAGAAGGUAAAGAAGCCAAAGAACAAAGGUACUAGAUACCCUGGUGCCACCAAGACGGAAGAACCAAAAGUAGAGGCCGUCACUGAAGAAUUAAAAGAAGCUUCCAUAUAA